AUGCCCAAGGGUGGUAAGAACCGCAGGCGAGGAAAGAACGAGAACGACGGCGACAAGCGCGAGCUCGUCUUCAAGGAGGAGGGUCAGGAGUACGCCCAGGUCCUGAAGAUGCUCGGCAACGGCCGCGUCGAGGCCAUGUGCUUCGACGGCGAGAAGCGUCUCGCCCACAUCCGCGGCAAGAUGCGCAAGAAGGUCUGGAUCAACCAGGGCGACAUCGUGCUCCUGUCGCUGCGCGACUUCCAGGACGACAAGGCCGACGUCAUCCAGAAGUACUCGUCGGACGAGGCCCGCAAGCUCAAGCAGUACGGCGAGCUGCCCGAGACGGCCAAGAUCAACGAGACGGACCUUGGCGGCAACGAGGAGGGCGACGACGUGGUCGAGUUCGACGAGGUGUCGGCCGACGAGGACGACGACGACGACGACGAGCGCAAGGACGACGACUUUGACAUCGACGACAUCUAG